UCAAGCCUGUCUCCAUCACUACCAUCGUCGUCCUGCAGUUCUCCUCCCACUGAGAGCCCAGCCCCCAGUACCCCAGUCCCCUCCCCUCCCCUCCCCGGUAUCCAGCAUCCCUUGGACAGAUUCCACCGCUGUCGCUGCAGCCACCUCUGCUGUCCCCAACGCCACCUCCUCAGGGCCAUCAAGAUGCAGUUUGAGAUGCAUGACAACGUGAAAGGCAAAGCCAUGUCCUACCCAGUGACCAGUCAGCCCCAGUGUGCCAGCAGCUGCUACCAGACUCAGCUCAGUGACUGGCACACGGGUCUCACAGACUGCUGCAACGACAUGCCCAUCUGUCUGUGCGGCACUUUCGCUCCCCUGUGCCUCGCCUGUCGCAUCUCCGACGACUUCGGCGAGUGUUGCUGCGCACCCUACCUGCCCGGAGGCCUGCACUCCAUCCGCACCGGCAUGCGCGAGCGCUACCACAUCCAGGGUUCCGUCGGGCACGACUGGGCGGCUCUCACCUUUUGUCUGCCCUGCGCCCUCUGUCAGAUGGCGCGGGAACUGAAGAUCCGAGAGUAAAGACGUUCCCCACCUUCCCCCUUCUUUUCGACUGGCCCCACCUGGCCUCCUCUGGCCCCACCUGGGAAGGCCUGUCCCGCAGCCCCUGUCCCACCAGCAGAAAUACACCUCCAAUAAAAUCCUGAAAACCAA